UAUGCCGUCAUGGUGACUAUGUUUUUCACGGUCAGCUUGGUGAACAACUAUGCCCUGAACCUCAACAUCGCCAUGCCCCUGCACAUGAUAUUUAGAUCUGGUUCUCUAAUUGCCAACAUGAUUCUAGGGAUUAUCAUUUUGAAGAAAAGAUACAGUAUAUUCAAAUAUGCUUCCAUUGCCCUGGUUUCUGUGGGGAUAUUUAUUUGCACUUCCAUGUCAGCAAAGCAGGUGACUUCCCAGUCCAGCUUGAGUGAGAAUGAAGGAUUCCAGGCAUUUUACAUGGUGGUUACGAG